AUGCAAGAAGGAAAACCAGUUUGUUUUACGUCACACACUUUAACAGAUACAGAAAAACAAUAUGCGCAGAUUGAAAAAGAGUGUUUGGCUAUCAUGACAAGUAUGAAGAAGUGGCAUCAGUAUCUCUUUGGUAAACAUGACAUUAUUGUGCAAACGGACCAUCAACCUUUAGAAACAAUUUUUAAAAAGCCACUUAGUAAGGCACCUCGAAGACUUCAACGGAUGAUGCUUCAACUACAGCAGUAUAGUUUUGAAGUUGUGUAUAAAAGAGGGAAAGAACUUUAUGUUGCAGAUACUUUGUCACGGGCAGCAUUAAAAGAAAAUUGUGCGGUGGAGUUGGAGUCAGAAAUGGUAUUUCGAGUUGAGCUGGAGCAGAUGGGUUUAAAACCUGCCAUGAUGUCAGACUGUACGUUAAAUAGAAUGAAAGAAGAGACCAGAAAAGACCAAACGUUGAAGUGUUUGUUGGAAACGGUACGAAAAGGAUGGCCAUCGGAUAAAUUAAUGGUUCGACCGUGUAUCAGACGGUAUUGGUUUUUUCGAGAAGAAAUUACGCUUUACGAAGGGGUUCUUUUGAAGACGCAUCAAGUGAUUGUACCAACAGUGUUGAGGAAAGAAAUGUUGGAAAAGAUUCACAAGUCUCACCAAGGUGCUGUCAGUAGUAUACGUCGAGCUUGA